AUUGCUCCACCACUCCUCUAUUUAUAGUCUUUUUUCAUUUUAUUUUUCCUCUCCACUCUUUUCACAUUUGGUCCCUUUAAUAUUGCUUCUUCUUCUUCUUCUUCCAUUUGUCUUUUAUAACGAAAAAUCAUCUCUCCGUAGAGCACAAAAAGAGCAAUAACGUAAAAGUGUGAAGAAACGAAGUAAUCAAAGAGAAGAGAACAAUUAUGGGGCAAUGCUCAUCGGCGACAAAGAUGAGGAGAAAGAGGAAAAGGGAAGAAGAAUGUUGCAGAGAAUCAAUGGAGAGGAGGAAUAAAGGAUGUUUAGCCAUGGUGAAGGAGAGACGUUCUAGGUUUUAUAUAGCUAGAAGAUGUAUUCUUAUGUUGCUUUGUUGGCACAAAUACGCCAAUUCUUGAUGAGGUUUGUGUUAGUAUUCGAUAAUUAAACAAGUAUAUACGAUUGAUUAUUUUUGUCUCUGGUCACAACUUGGGGUUUUGUUUUUAGUUAAGUUUCAACUUUCAAGCUUUAAUUUGGUAUCUCCACCUUUUUGUUUAACAAAAAAU